AUAAAGUUGUAGGCUUUAUAAAUAAAAGGAAAAGAAAAAGAGAAAAAAAAAUCAAAAAAUCAAAAAAUAAAGAAUAAAGAAUAAAAAAAUCAUACGAUCAAAGACCGUCCUUCUCGUCUGGAUUUCUCAGAUUAUUAUACAGAAAUUCUUCAAUUCAGGAACCAACAGGUUCGAUUUGUCAGAUAGGAUCGGCCAAUUGAAAAUUUUAGAAUCCUUGCAGGAGAUUAGAGAAAAUGGAGUCUCACGAUGAGACCGGGUGCAAAGCCCCCGAAGGCCCCAUCCUUUGUGUCAACAACUGUGGCUUCUUCGGAAGUGCAGCUACCAUGAAUAUGUGCUCCAAGUGUCACAAGGCGAUGAUCGUGAAGCAGGAACAGGCACUACUUGCUGCAGCAUCCAUCGGGAGCAUCGUGAAUGGUGGCUCAACCGGCAAUGGUAAGGAACCGGCUCUCGUUGCUGCUUUGGAUGUACAAUCGGGAAAAGCCGACACAAACAUAGUCACGGCAGGACCAUCCGCCGACCCAUCCGGGAUGACUUCAAGUGGGAUGAAGCCCAAAGAGGGUCCCAACAGGUGUACCAAAUGCUGCAAACGCAUCGGUUUGACGGGGUUUAACUGCAAGUGUGGAAACCUCUUUUGCACCGCUCACCGUUACUCCGACAAACACGAAUGCCCUUUCGAUUACCGCGCUGUCGCUCGCGAUGCUAUUGCGAGAGCCAACCCUGUAGUCCGGGCCGAAAAGCUCGAUAAGAUCUGAGAGACCUGGAUCCAAGAUAAGUGUGAAGGUUUACGUAAGUCGGUUGCUUGUCUCGUUACUUGUCCCCUCGAUCAAUAUUACAUGUCGGAGUCCAUCACAGGGAGGGGACAUGAUUGGCAGUGUAAGUCUAUAUUUCCUCGGUUUGUAAGUCUUUUUAUUUGUGCCUGUUUUGAUGAAACAUCGAUACGAUCACCUUGUAAUGCUUCUUUGUGGUAUGCAUUUCUUUCUAUUUUAAGAUGCCUAUGAGUGUGGAAAUUGUUGAAGUUCAAUUUGGUAAGAUGAAUUUGAAUAUAAA